AUGAUUGCCUUCCUUUCCCUUAUUGUGUUGGUCCACAGCGUCUUUGGUGACAACCUAGUAGAGGUUCUCCAAGCUGACGGAGAAACAACGCUCAUCUCACUGGUUCAACAGGCAGGGCUAGCUGAUACAAUUUUGGGAGGGGAAUAUACCAUAUUUGCUCCAACUAACGCCGCUUUCUCCAAGCUUCCACAAGCUACACUUGAUAGUCUUUCAAAGGACACCACAGCUCUGGCCAACAUUCUGAAAUAUCACGUGGUCAAGGGAUCUAUCCACAAAGCUGAUGCUUCUAAUGAACUUCAGUUGGAGACUUUGGCGGGAACCAAAAUCAGAUUCAACAUCUACAGUCAUAACAAUGUUGUGACAGUGGAAGGAUCCAAAAUCACCCACUUUGAUCUCACCGCAUCAAACGGAAUGGUCCACGUUAUCGACACUGUUAUGAUGCCCCCUGAGGGAAAUAUCGUGGACCUCGUGGCAGGAAACAGUGACCUCAGCACUCUCCUUUCAAAGGUUCAGUCAGCUGGGUUGGCCGGAGCUCUACAGGGCGAUGCGCUGACAGUAUUUGCACCAACAAAUGCAGCUUUCGCUAGACUUGGUAGUCACGUUUUGGACAACCUUAGAAGAAACCCAAGGCUUUUGAAAGAAAUUCUGGAAUACCAUGUUGUUCCUCACACUGAAUACUCAGCUGGACUUUACAACCGCGAAUAUCUCAGAACUCUUGAUACUCACCAUGACGUCAUCAGACUCGGAGUCAGCAGUACUGGUCGUGUGACUGUUAAUCUUAAUUCCCACGUAACAAAAGCCGAUAUAAGCGCCACCAACGGAGUAGUACAUAUUAUAGAUCAUUUAAAACUCAGAAUGAUUUCCUACCUAACUUUGGCUGUGAUUGUACAGAGUGCUUUCGCUGGAAAUCUUGUGGAAGUUCUUCAAAACGACGGGGAAACAACUCUCAUUGCUCUUGUACAGCAAGCAGGAUUAGCUGAUGCUCUGUUAGGAGGUGAAUUCACUAUUUUUGCUCCGACAAAUGCUGCUUUUGCCAAACUUCCACAAGCUACACUUGAUAGUCUUUCAAAGGACAGCACUGCUCUAGCCAACAUUCUGAAAUAUCAUGUGGUCAAGGGAUCCAUCCACAAAGCUGAUGCUUCUAAUGAGCUUCAGUUGGAGACUCUGGCGGGAACCAAAAUCAGAUUCAACAUAUACAGCCAUAACCAUGUUGUGACAGUGGAAGGAUCCAAAAUCACCCACUUUGAUCUCACCGCAUCAAACGGAAUGGUCCACGUUAUCGACACCGUUAUGAUGCCCCCUGAAGGAAAUAUUGUGGACCUCGUGGCCGGAAACAGUGACCUCAGCACUCUCCUGUCAAAGGUCCAGACAGCUGGCUUGGCCGGAGCUCUACAAGGCGAUGGACUGACAGUAUUUGCACCAACAAAUGCAGCUUUCGCUAGACUUGGUAGUCACGUUUUAGACAACCUUAGAAGAAAUCCAAGACUUUUGAAAGAGAUUCUUGAAUACCAUGUUGUUCCACAUACUGAAUACUCAGCUGGUCUUUACAACCGCGAAUAUGUCAGAACUCUUGAUACUCACCAUGACGUCAUCAGACUCGGAGUCAGCAGUAGCGGAGGUGUCACAGUCAAUCGCAACGCCCACGUAACAAAAACCGAUAUAAGCGCCACCAACGGAGUAGUGCAUAUUAUAGAUCACGUGCUUAUUCCUGCUCGUUAUUUAUUUUCUGCUAUUCUUGGUAGGAAGUAA